AUGGCUGUAUCCCGGUCUCCAGCUGCAUCAGACGCCAUAAAGGACAAGAUCAUAAUGAACAACGCCGCCCUUCCACUCGAGGACUUCAUCUCAAUCUUUGGUGUGGACAUCGACAACGAGCUUAGAUUUAACAGACACGUCAGCAGGAUCUGCAAAACAGUUUCUCUGAACGUGACAGCUCUCCGACGUAUAUCUCACCUCCUGAAUCCUCAAGGAAUUCUGACGCUGUACAAGUCCCAGAUCAGACCACAUUUAGAAUAUGCCUCGUUGGCCUGGUCUUCUACUGCGCCCACCAACCACAGCAGGCUGGAUAAAAUAGAAAAACGGGCUCUCAGGCUUAUCCAGGAAGCCAACAACCCUUGUCACAUCGACUCACUGGAAAAUCGUCGCGACGACGCGUCGGGGCUCUAA